UACCGUUUACCACUCCGCCACGAGCGACCGCCAGCCGCCAGCUAAGACACCCAUCUUCAGUCCACACCCGGUCCCGACUUUCUCGCCCCUCCCACUUAAAGCCCAUUGCGGAAGCAAACCACAAGGACAGGAGGGGCACGUCACUGCCUCCUUUCCAUCUCCAAACACCCAUCAAUUGUCUUCCUUCUCCUGCUGCCACACUAUGCCCUCCGUUCUCUCCCCUAAUAAUCCCGUGUCCAGGUCCUAUGCCCCCCUGGCAGAUGAAACCAACCCUUCUAUCGCUACUUCUGCUCCCACCAAAACUGUCCCCCAUAACGGGUCUGUGAUAUAUGGACAGCCCAGCUUUCCACCUAUGGUAGCUGCCUCAUCAUCAGUGAGAUUAAAUGACUUGCAGAAAGCGGGUAUGAGUAUGCGAAAUGACUCCGAAGAGACACUAUCACCUAGUGCAAGUAGAAAAGGUAAAGAGAGAGCCAAGACGCUCACGUUUGAUGAAGGUGCUCUUGGUGAAGUCAAACGAGCCUCAUACACCGGCAAAGAAAGAGUCCGGGAUAUUGAGGAGGGAAGAAUCUAUUCAGAAGAACAGCUGGCAAGCGAAAAUAGCCGUUAUCCGCCGACUAAUGAGGCUGAGGAGGAGGAACGAAGGAUUCAAGAGAAUCUCACAAAACUUGCUGCUCGAGACAUGGCGCGACGGCGAGCCGCUCGGGAAUCAAAACAGCUGCCCACUCCAUCUACUGCCAGUACUUCUCCUCGAUCGUCGUAUUCCAUUUCCUCUGCAGCCCGCCGUCCUUUUUCGUUCUUCAGCACAUCUUCAAAAAAGGGAAGUUUAUUGGGAUUAGAUAACAGCUGGAUAGGUAAAAAGGAUACUGACGUUGGCGAAUUACCAAUGUCUCGGCCUCGCUCUCAAGGGGAGCAAUAUAUGAACCCAUAUGAGGCUCAACCUACUUUUUCUCCGGCGCCCAAAGCCUCCGACUCACCAACCACUUCUAUGCGAUCACCGUUUGCAGAUCCAAGCCCUCCACUUCCAGCAGCUGCCGAUCCCUCUGCUUAUAGGCGGGCCUCCAUUGUAUCCGCUGUCUCAUCGGGUUCUCCCCAUACUGCCUACCGAUCCCCUCUCAUAUCUCCGUCAUCACCCACCGAUGAGACCGGUUUUGCCUAUGGGGGGCCUACAUGGCGCGGUGGCCAAGCAGUACAACAACGGGAAAACGUGGAACGCAGAGGUCCGGAUAGGUGGUGGCAUGCCCUUUGUGCUUGGGGUGAUGAUUUGGAUGGUGGGCACGAUGUUCCCGAGGCGGGCAGAACCAAUCCUUUCGAAUGAGUUUCAUAUCACGAGGUAACAACGAUUGAUAUCAUGACCAAUGAAAAUAAACGAGCAAUUUAUACACAAUUUCACAUAGUAACUACCAAGUUCUGCUUACCAAGCUACAUGCAGCCAAAGCCAGAAGUUUUAGAAGCGGCGAUCGAUAGGCCUGUUUUAUAUAGUAUAUGCAUUAAAGCUGAAUAGACAUGUAUCCUCAAACAGCAUACUUAUGUGUUC